AGCAGAUCUGAGUUAGGGAGUUUCGUCCCCACCAGCCCGCGGGAGAGGAGAGGCGAGAGGGGGUAAGGAAGCAGCUGCUGGCUGGGCCCACGAUGAAAACGUUCGUUCUUCUGCUGCUGGUGCUCCUGGACUUGGGACUGGCUCAACCCCGGCUCCACAGGGUGCCUCUCAGGAGGCAUCAGUCCCUCCGGAAGAAGCUGCGGGCACGGGGCCAGCUCUCGGAGUUCUGGAAAUCCCAGAAUUUGGAUAUGAUCCAGUUCACUGAGUCCUGCACGAUGAACCAGGAUACCAACGAGCCCCUCAUCAACUACUUGGACAUGGAGUACUUUGGCACCAUCUCCAUUGGCUCUCCACCACAGAACUUCACUGUCAUCUUUGACACUGGCUCCUCCAACCUCUGGGUCCCCUCCGUGUACUGCACCAGCCCAGCCUGCAAGACACAUGCCAAGUUCUACCCUUCCCAGUCCAACACAUACAGUGCACUGGGGAAUCAGUUCUCCAUUCAGUAUGGGACUGGAAGCUUGUCUGGAAUCAUUGGAGCUGACCAAGUCAAUGUGGAGGGACUGGUUGUGGUCGGCCAGCAGUUUGGAGAGAGUGUCACGGAGCCUGGCCAGACCUUUGUGAACGCAGAGUUUGAUGGAAUUCUAGGCCUGGGAUACCCCUCCUUGGCUGUGGGAGGGGUGACCCCGGUGUUCGACAACAUGAUGGCACAGAACCUGGUGGACAUACCCAUGUUUUCUGUGUACAUGAGCAGUGACCCAGAAGGUGGUACGGGAAGCGAACUGAUUUUCGGAGGCUAUGACCACUCACACUUCUCUGGGAACCUGAACUGGGUCCCCGUCACCAAGCAAGGCUACUGGCAGAUUGCACUGGAUGCAAUCCAGGUAGGAGGCACAGUGAUGUUCUGCUCUGAGGGCUGCCAGGCCAUUGUGGACACAGGGACUUCUCUCAUCACAGGCCCCUCAGAUGAAAUCAAGCAACUGCAGAACGCCAUUGGGGCAGAGCCCAUGGAUGGAGAAUAUGGGGUGGAGUGUGCCAACCUCAACGUCAUGCCAGAUGUCACCUUCAUCAUCAAUGGAGUCUCCUACACCCUCCAGCCAACUGCCUAUACCCUACUGGACUAUGUGGAUGGAAUGGAGUUCUGCAGCAGUGGCUUUCAAGGUCUUGACAUCCAGCCUCCAGCCGGGCCUCUCUGGAUCCUGGGCGAUGUCUUCAUCAGGAAGUUUUACUCAGUCUUUGAUCGUGGGAAUAACCGUGUUGGGCUGGCCCUGGCAGUCCCCUAAGCAGAGGUCAUCUGCCUGUGCCUGCUUGCCCGACACUCCUUGGAAAUCCAGCGGUGUCCCUUAGUUGGGGCAUUCUUCACAGCUGCCAAAACGUCAUUUUCGGUAGGAUACAAUUGUUCUAGAGCUGCAAACUGAAUUAGGUCCAAAUAGAGCAUGAGAACACACACACUGCACGCACUUCACACACACCUCACACCACCCUCAUACACACCUCCUUCACCACCAUCGUGAUGGAAGAAUUAAGUUGUAUGUCCAUACUUUUUAUUGCUUUGUACUAACACUUUCUUUUGGAGAUUUCCCAACAUGCACAUUGGCAGAGAUUAUUAAUUCCCUUGCACCCCACCUACCCUUCAUAACUCACCUGGCAGGUAGCCUGCCCUGUUUUAUCUACACCACCACCCAUCCUCUCUCCAGCCCCAUAUAUCUGCAAGAUCCUAAAGCAAAUUCUUAGCAUCACAUCAUAAAUCAUCACAUCAAAGAUUUAUCCACAAAUCCUUGCAAUAUUCUUAAACAUGCGAUCAGUAUUCAAAUGUUCCCUAUUGUCUGGGAAAUGUUGGGUCAUUUUUACAGGUGACUUGAUUAUAUUAGGAUGCAAAUAAAGAUUACAAAUUGCAUUUA